UAUACAUCAUUGGAGCAGCUAGGAUAAACGCUGAUCAUGAACACGUUAUUUCUAGCGGGACUUAUAUUCGCAUUUAUUGCGUUAUGUAACAAGACUACUACCACCGUGGCUCAGCAGGUCGAAACUACCACCGCAGCGACGACUUCCGGCGAAAAUGCCUGUUUUGGAGAGGAUAUAAAAAUAUUUUAUAAAUGCCUGCCAACGUAUGCAGCGUUUUGUAACACGACUACUACCACCGUGGCUCAGCAGGUCGAAACUACCACCGCAGCGACGACUUCCGGCGGAAAUAUCUGUUUUGGAGAGGAUAUAAAAAUAUUUUUUAAAUGCCUGCCAAGUUAUAUAGCGUCUAUAUGUAACGAGACUACUACCACAGUGGCUCAGCAGGUCGAAACUACCACCGCAGCGACGACUUCCGGCGGAAAUGCCGCCACGACUACCGGUGGAAAUGCCGCCACGAUUACCGCUGGCAGUAGCACGACCCCUAAUACUUCAUCGAUGACUCUUGCAUUCCUGUUCACUGUGUCAAUUUCCCUGCUGAUUGUCCGGAUGUUUUAGAGAACUAUUUCCACAAUUGCUGACACCAACUUUUCACUCAAAAUAUUUGUAUUUUAU